AUGGGCAUCGAGAAGUACGCUGGCCGCGUUGCCCUGGUUACUGGCGCCAGUUCCGGCAUGGGCGCCGCUAUCGCUCAGGAACUGCUGAAGAACGGCAUCCACGUGGUCGGCCUCGCCAGGAGGGUGGAACUGAUCAAGGCCCUUGAAGUGAAGGGGUCGCCAGGAAAACUGUACGCUCUUCAGGGAGACGUGGGAAAAGAAGAAAGCAUCCUCUCAGCUUUCAAGUGGAUUAGGGAAAACCUCAAUGGAGUCGACAUCCUGGUCAACAGCGCUGGUACCGACUACGACACUGAUUUUAUAUGUAUGUAUGCAAAUAUUUCAGAUUUUAAAGAAUUUUCCUUGAAUUAA